AUGAAUUUCAAAGAUAAUGACAAAAUAUUGAUUAUGGGUAAGGUAUCGUCGUCGUUAAAGGACGAUCCGGGCUUCUCGGCCCUUGUGGCUUACGAAAAAGCGAAUUUGGUGGGACUUCAAAAGCAGCACGAGCAAAUAGAAAGCGAUCUCAGUGCGAUGGAGUUAAAUUUUCUUGACGUGCAGAAAUCAUUGGAAAUGGUCAAGAGAAUGGAAAAGAGAUUGGCACACUUCACCGAAACAUCGAUGAAGCACCUGGAGGCAUUGGAUGGUUUAAGCAUCAUUGGAGAGCUAACGAGCGAGGCACAGGCAGUACGAAACCGUGAGAAAAGGAAGAGCUUAAUUGAUGGAAUCAACACGCUGCUAAAUGGAAAUGACAAGCAUGUUCGACGAUUAGAAGAGUACAAAAAGAAGCUCCUCGGGGAAAUUAUUGAA